UGGUUCCAUGACGCAAACAGGGAAGACAACAUGGCGGAAGACAAUGAUUCCACAUAAACAAACAAUUUAUAAUGAAAAUGAAAACGUGUAUCCCUUACCUUAAUUUGACAGUUGUAAGAAAAGAUACUAUGAUUUCAAAAGAAAUGUCGUAAUAAAAUGGGAGGAAAACAAAGUACAAACACUCCAAGGGGUCGAACUUUUUCUGGAAGUGCUCCUGGAACAAGUCAUGGUGCUUCUGAAAUGGGGUUGUCUGGCACAGCUAAUGGCGCUCGUCAGAGAGCACGAAGUCUUGGUGCAUUUGUUGCAGGUUCUUCAAUGGGGAUUCCAAAUGGGAAUGGUGAUGCGAGAGGAGCUGGUUCUCCAGACUCGGAUUCUAGUACCCCUGAGGAUGGCCCCAUCUUUGGCAGAACUAACAUAGCACAUUCUUUACCAUUACAUUUAUUUGCCCUUCAUGGUAUAAAGUGUCCUGUGUGUUCCAAAUUUGUGCCCCCAGAUGAUUUGGAAUGUCACCUAGUCAUAUGUUUAACCAAACCUAGGAUUACUUAUAAUGAAGAUGUUCUUACAGAAGACAAAGGAGAAUGUGUGAUAUGUUUUGAUGAAUUAAAUCAAGGAGACACUAUAGCACGAUUACCAUGCCUAUGUAUAUAUCAUAAAGCGUGUAUAGACAAAUGGUUUGAAAGAAACAGAUCAUGUCCAGAACAUCCACAAGACUGAGACAAACAAUAAAACAGUAUACUUGGGCUUUCAUUUUUUAUACACAAGUCAUUACAGACUAUAAGAAGAAUUUUGUGUGAUGUGUGUUACGAUGGUAACAGAAAUGAUCUGAUAUAUACAAUAUGUAUAUUGAACAUUUAACACUAUUCUUAUAGUUCCUGAGAUGGUGCAUUUUGCAAAGAGAUACAUAGUAUAGCUAUUAGACAAAAUAUGAUACAAUGUUCAUCACAUGGUUAUAUUUUUGUUAAGAAAUAUCCACAAAAAAUUGCAAAGUCACAACAGUUAGAUAUAUCUAUUGAUGUAACUUGACAUUUACAGAACUUUUCAGCUACAACAUACAUUUGAGACCAGAGAAGACGCUGCUCACUUUGAAGUCAGAAUCCUCAAGUUAAGCAACCAACAAUCAAUCAAGUUUUUAAUGUGGGAUGUUUCAUUAUUAUAAAAAUAAAAAUGAGGAGAUGUGGUAUGAUAUCCACAAAGAUUAACAAAACAAGGAUGUUAACCACUGAUUAUAAACGGCCUUAUACAAUGAGCAAAACUUUUACCAUAUAGUCAGCAGUAACAGGUUCCAGGAUGAUAAAAUGUGAAAAACUCUAAAGAUCAGUUGGAAAGGGCUUGACUCAUCAUUGAAGCACUUUUUGAGAAAAUCUGUUUUAAAAGGGCCUUGACUAUUGCAAUAUUCUUGCAUUAAAAAAGUAGUAAAGUAAUAUAGUGUACCAAACCACUAAAUUGAUAUGCUUAUAUCUGCUCUGUAAAAGUGCCUUGCUGGAAUUAAAUGUAUGUUAUAAUUGAAGUGAUCUGAAUAAAGGCAUGUAAUAUUUUGCUUGAUUCAUUAUGUAACAAUUGUGUCUACAAAUAAACCUGGGUCUGGAUUCAAUUAGUGAAUUUGUUGCAGUUUUGAUAUUUAUUUAAUUCACAGCUAUACCGUGGAUUCAUUUAUUUUCGUGGAUUGAGGGAAAAUUGUAUUUUUAGGGAUAUUUGAUAUCAUGGUUUUGCGAGACAUAAAAGUCUAUAGAAAAUUUGUGGUUCACCUUGACCCAAGAAAUGCACAAAAGUUUGUAUCACAUGACUAAUGAUGAAUCCACAGUAUACAAUGGUAUAAUCAGUUGUCAGAAUCUUUUAUAUAUAUACACUGUAUUUAGAUUUGAGCUGAGUUCACAAUGUUUUACGUAAACUUCAUGUAUAACUGAUUGAACAGUAGAUGGAUGGAUGUGUACAUUUUUCUGUCAUUCUUUUUCUUAUAUCUAGUUUUGACCUGUCAAGUUACAAUUCAUACAUCAAAGAUAACAUCCUUGUAUUCAUGUUAUUUUUCUACUCGCCUAAGUCACAAAAUCUAGUUGGUUAACAGUGUUGUAUAGCAUUCAUGUAUGCUUUCUAAAUUAGUAAAAUCAAUGCAGUAUGAAAUGGAUCUGUAUACUUAUCUAGUUUUAUUUCUAUGUUCAGUGUUUUGUACAUCAACCUGAAACCAUACGAUUCUUAAAAGUCAUAUGACAUAUUUAGAAAAAAGAUUACUAAACUGUGAUGCUCAAUACCAGUUGACGUUAAUAUAUUCAUAGAAUAAAUUACAAACUUUAAAAAAAAAUUUUGAAUUUAGUACCUCAGAACCAGUAAAUAGAUUUUUAACAUGGCAAUAUAUUUUUAAACAUGUUGAAGGUCGGUUGAUAAUUUACUUGACUAAAAAAUGAGUAUUUGACAAAGACACCAAAGAGGUUAGAAAAGAUUACUUUUGAUAGUGAUAAUUAUUUGCAGUAUUUAUUUUAUGUUAAACACAUCUUUCAUUUUUAUUUUAUCAGAUACCUUAUUUUAUUGUGUAAAUUGUGGAUUAAUGUUUACUUUUAAUAGUGCGUUGUAUGACAUGUAUAAGUUAAUAGUGCAUUGUAUGACAUGUAUAAGUUUACAUGUAUUUCGUUUAUACUAUUUAACUCUAAAGGAUUUAAUGUUACAUUGUAAGCAGUGAGUUCAAUCUUUGUAAUCAAAAUUUUCUUCUUUUUAUUGCUGUACUGUCAGAUGUGUACAUCAGUUAUAUACAUUUUUGCCAUAUACAUAUUUGCUUUAUGCCAUUCUUAAUAUUUAAAAAAAAGUUUGUAGGUCUACACUUUUUUGAAUCAACAAAUAUUUUUGAGAAUUGAUAGUGCUAUAAAUUAUAUUCAGUGAGAGUGAAAAAAAAUUAAAUUUUAGUUGUUUUUUAUUGUUUUUUUCAGUUUGAGAGAGGUUUUUACAAAUAGGGCAAAAAUUAAAAAUAAGAUUUGCUAAAGUACCCCCCGAAAAAGUUGGAUCACAAAUUCACAAUCCAGAAAUUUAAAUAUUACAGCACAAUAUAGUAUACAUAUUUUUAUAGAAAAUUAACUUUAAAGGAAUGGGUUUGCAGACUUAUUUAAAAAAAAAAAAUAAACAUGUAAAAUUAUA